AUGAUUCAUGGACCGUGUGGUGCCAUCAACCCCCAAUCACCUUGCAUGGUCGAUGGAAAGUGCUCUAAACGAUAUCCACGGAAAUUAACGGCGGAGACUGUCACUGGCAACGAUGGGUAUCCGCUGUAUCGGCGUCGAUCACCAGAUGACAACGGUCGAACUGUCACAACGAAAGUGAAAAGAAUGGAUUUCGUUGUCGACAACAGUUGGAUUGUUCCAUAUUCGCCACUUAUUUCUAAAACGUUCAAGACACAUUGCAACGUUGAAUACUGCAAUUCAGUUAAGUCCAUAAAAUAUAUUUGCAAAUAUGUUACGAAAGGCAGUGAUAUGGCGGUUUUUGGAUUGCAAUCCUCGAAUACCAACGAUGAAAUUUCACGCUAUCAAGUUGGUCGUUAUGUGAACUGUAAUGAAGCGAUUUGGCGUAUGUUCGCAUUUCCCAUUCACGAACGUCAUUCUACUGUUAUAAAUUUGCCGGUGCAUCUAGAGAAUGGUCAACGAGUAUAUUUCACGGCUUCGAAUGCUACGCAACGUGCUGAAACACCUCCAGCAACUACAUUGACCAUUCAUCCAAAGAAUGAUGAAUGUUUCUAUUUGCGGUUGUUGCUGGUAAAUGUGCGUGGACCAACUUCAUUUGAGACACUACGAACUGUUAAUGGUGUAAUAUUCCCAACAUAUCGUGCUGCAUGUGAAGAAUUGAACUUAUUAGAAAACGAUACCCAUUGGGAUACGACAAUCGCUGAAGCCAUUAUCUCUGCAUCUCCAAGUCAGAUACGCACAUUAUUCGCUAUCAUAAUUUCGACAUGUUUUCCAUCAAACCCAUGUAACCUGUGGCACAAAUACAAGGAUAGUAUGUCAGAAGAUAUUUUACAUCAAAGUCGUGUCAGUUCCAGAAAUCACGAUAUUGAGAUGAAUGUGGAGAUACAUAAUCGUGCUUUACUCUUGAUCGAAGAUAUGUGCUACCUCAUGUGCGGUAAUUUAUUAAUCAGGUUAGGAAUGCCAGCGCCAAAUCGUGAAAUGAAUGACGCAUUUAAUCGAGAAUUGGAACGGGAACGUGAAUAUGAUCACCAGGAAUUAGAUUUAGUAGUUCAAAGGAAUGUACCCCUGUUGAAUUACCAACAAAAGGAAGUUUAUGAUACUUUAAUGAAGGUAAUCGCUGAUGAAAAUGGUGGUUUAUAUUUCCUAGAUGCCCCUGGUGGAACUGGCAAGACAUUCCUUAUGUCAUUAGUUUUAGCAACUGUUCGGGCGAGAUCCAACAUAGCGGUUGCAGUUGCUUCUUCUGGAAUAGCAGCCACAUUGUUAGAAGGAUGCCGUACGGCUCAUUCAGCAUUCAAAUUACCGUUAAAUCUUCAAACUAUUGAAGAACCAAUGUGUAAUAUUGCAAAACACUCAGCAAUGGCCAAAGUUUUAGCGACAUCGAAAAUCAUCAUCUGGGACGAAUGCACAAUGGCGCAUAAACGUGCAUUAGAAGCACUUAACCGAACAUUAAAAGAUUUACGCAAUGACUCGAGAUGUUUUGGAGGAGCAAUGAUUUUACUGUCUGGCGAUUUCCGCCAAAUACUGCCAGUAAUUCCAAGAUCUACGGCUGCCGACGAAAUAAACGCUUGCCUCAAAUCGUCAAAUCUAUGGCGCUAUGUGAAGAAACUGCAGCUGACAACAAAUAUGAGAGUUACAUUGCUUAAUGAUACAUCUGCUGAAGAUUUCUCGGAGCAAUUGCUGACUAUCGGUAAUGGUCAAGUACCUGUCGAUGAAUCGAGCGGAUUAAUAUCAUUUCCAAAUAAUUUCUGUAAUUUUGUCUCAUCAAAAGACGAACUUAUCAACAAUGUAUUUCCAAAUAUUAUUUCUAACUACAAAAAUAAUGAAUGGUUGAGUGAGCGAGCAAUUUUAGCGGCUAAGAAUAAAGAUGUAGAUGACCUGAACUACAUAAUUCAAAAUAAGAUCAUUGGAACAAUGCAUUCAUUCAAAUCUAUUGACUGCGUCACAAAUGAAGAUGAAGCCACCAACUAUCCAAUUGAAUUUUUAAACUCUUUGGACGUACCUGGCUUACCACCGCACAAUUUACGCCUAAACGUUGGCUCCGUAGUAAUCAUGCUUCGAAACAUAAACCAACCAAAACUGUGCAACGGUACGCGUUUGGUGCGAUAUGCCCACAGCACCAACGCCAGCCGUUCGGUCAACGAUCCACGUGACACGCCCGGGGCCCGCUCCAGCUCCUCGAACCCCUGCGGCCAUAGCGCCACCAACCGCUGCCCGUGCAUCACGCGCGAACCCGACGCCGGUGCCAGCAGCUCCGCAGCGCACCCGAUGCCCACUUUGUCGGCGCCCACACCGAUUGCCACACUACAGCAUCUUCAAGAAGAUGCUACCACCGCUACGACAGCAGAUCGCCCAGGCACAUGGCCACUGCUUGAAUUGCUUGGCGACUACCCACUCCACGCCGGAGUGUACUUCAAGCUAUGGGUGCCAAAUAUGCAUGCGGCCGCAUCACACCCUCCUACAUCGCGAGGGGCAACCUGCACCCCGCAACCGUGCACCAACGCCAGCCGUUCGGUCAACGAUCCACGUGACACGCCCGGGGCCCGCUCCAGCUCCUCGAACCCCUGCGGCCAUAGCGCCACCAACCGCUGCCCGUGCAUCACGCGCGAACCCGACGCCGGUGCCAGCAGCUCCGCAGCGCACCCGAUGCCCACUUUUUCGGCGCCCACACCGAUUGCCACACUACAGCAUCUUCAAGAAGAUGCUACCGCCGCUACGACAACAGAUCGCCCAGGCACAUGGCCACUGCUUGAAUUGCUUGGCGACUACCCACUCCACGCCGGAGUGUACUUCCAGCUAUGGGUGCCAAAUAUGCAUGCGGCCGCAUCACACCCUCCUACAUCGCGAGGGGCCACCUGCCCCCCGCAACCGUGGUACGAACCAACGCCCGCAGUCGAACCAUGUUGCACGAAGGCAACCACGGCACUCAGAUAA